GUCUGCAAGUUCUUUGUUCCCAUCAAGUAAAGAGGGUAAGAAUUGUACCGUCAAGAAGAUUCAAAUUAAUCUUUCAAUUGUGACCAUUUGCUAUACCUGCCAACCAUCCUGGAAUCUACUCACCUUUAGUCAUUGUCGACCUCAAUUCUUUCGAGACUUAGCUAGAAAUAUGUCCGCAUGUCCAGCCUGCGACCGUCCCCUCGUCCUACCUCCCGCACUUGCAUACAUUGCUCUCAAGUUCCCUCAAAUUAGAGCCUCCAUCGAUUGUGAUCGCACAUUACCGCGUUGCAAAGACUGUGACCAAGCAGCAGCAGAGAAACGCGCCGCUGAUGCAAUCCAUCCACCACCAUAUUAUACCAAUCCUGUCGCGCAAAUUAAGAAACAAAUCGACUUGGUGCAAGAAUUGAUCGAGGCAGGGGUGCGGCGAGAAGAAUUGGAGAUGGAACUUCCUGCUCUGAUGAAAGAAGGCGUGUUAAGAUUGCAGAAUAGGGAUGCAAAUAUACGAAGUGCCUGGCAUGAAUAUUGGGAGAUUUGGGGAUGGCAACAAGGACAACCUCGACCUGGAAUGUAGUAUGCGCUUGGAGGCUAUCAGAAUGGACAUGUGCAAUAUGUGCAAUAUGAGCCAUGCGAGACACGAGGUUUUACAUUCAUUAUUGAAUGGAGAUUUUAUAUAUAGAUCUUGGAAGAACUUCACAUUUGGUUGGAUGCUCGACAUGUUUUCAAGCAGCUCGAGAGCAGGUAGUUAGGUUAGACGGUGGCUUGGACCUCAGGUACCAAUUUUUGUAAGGCUUGUAAGGGUAUGUUGCUGUCGAAAACUACUCCAUAGCGCAUGCGUCCACAUUAUCGAACGUCUGUGGGGACGGAUAAGAAGCAGUUGUAGAGGAAUGAUAAAAUAUGACCGAGCUAUCCA